UCACUUGUUGUUAUCGAGCAGAAAGUAGCUCGUCUACUUGCUAGCUGUAUAUCAUAAUGAUAUUGUCAAGGCGGUUGUUUGUAUUCCAUUCAUUUGAUAAUCUUCUCUUAAAAAUCUAUAUUUUGGAACUGUAACUCAUUGCUUUGAUUUAGUUGUCUGACGUUCUGUCAAGUUCGUCUUGCUAGCUAACGCCGCUAGCUAACGUUAGUAACCUAACUUUAGUUCCGAAUGACAGGGACAGCCAUAUUUUCCAGGCUGUAUGAAGGCGUUUGAAAAAACGUUAGAACAAAAUGGAUUGCACGGCACUGGAGCACGAUGGAGUUAAAUUUGCUAAAACUGCUGUCAUCUGCGACCAGAAUGGAAAAUACAACGAGGCUGUCUUCUAUUAUAAGGAGGCGGCACAAGCCCUGAUCUACGCCGGCAUGGCAGGGUCUAAACUGGAGGGCAUCCAGGAUAAAGUCAAUGAGUACCUGGACCGGGUUCAGGCCCUGCACAAUGCUGUUCAAGCUCAAAGUAGCGAUCCUCUGAAGAGCAAGCAGCAGGUGGAUCUGGAGCGGGCCCACUUCCUGGUCACCCAGGCCUUUGAGGAGGAUGAGAAGGGCAAUGGGGACGAGGCCAUCGAGCUCUACACACAGGCCGUGGAACUCUGCAUCCAGACGUCUCAUGAUACGACAGACCAGGGGCUGCAGGGCAAACUGAAGCAGCUGGCUCGUCAGGCCCUCGAUAGGGCGGAGGGGCUGAAGGAGUCCCAGUCCGCCAGUCCCUUAGCCCAGUCACCACAGGACAGGACGGGGCCCUCAGGGGCCAAACCUAGUGGGGGGCCUUGUCCCGUCAGACAGUUCUUCCCCCUUGGACCUGACUUCUCCCUCCAGAACCGUCCCCAGCCAGUCAGGCCGGUCCAGUCCAGCGAGCCUCAGGGUCAGCGCUACACCUCAGAAGAGAUCGAGGUGCUCAGGAGCACGUCCAAGAUCAACAGCAUACCCUUUGUCCCCUUCAUGAGCGUGGACCUGAAGGAGAGAUUUGCCUUUCCUGUUCCAUUCUCGGACAAACUAGGCAAGCUGGCCCUGUCUCCCAAGCAGAGAACCAUCUUCUCCCGCUGGGUUCGCCCUGACGAGAUCUGCAAUAACCCCACCAUGAUCUUAUCUGUAUCCAGCUUCAGCAUCAAACAGACGGUGGUGUCUGACUGCUCGUUCGUGGCGUCGUUAGCCAUCAGCGCUGCCUAUGAGCGACGCUACAACAAGAAGCUCAUCACCAGCAUCAUCUACCCCCAGAACCGGCGCGGGGAGCCAGAGUAUAACCCCUGUGGGAAGUACAUGGUGAAGCUUCACAUCAACGGUGUGCCCAGAAAGGUCAUUAUAGACGACUUCCUGCCAUGUGGUCAGAAUGGAGAGCUGCUGUGUUCCUACUCCAGCAACAGGAACGAGCUGUGGGUCUCCCUCAUAGAGAAGGCCUACAUGAAGGUCAUGGGAGGCUACGACUUCCCCGGCUCCAACUCGAACAUCGAUCUGCACGCACUCACUGGCUGGAUCCCAGAGCGUAUCGCCAUGCAUUCAGACAAUCAGUCAUUCAUCAAGGACGACACCUUCCGCAUGCUCUACCAGAGGUUUCACCGGGGCGAUGUCCUAAUCACCACGGCAACGGGGGUGAUGACAGAGGAGGAAGGCGAGAGGUGGGGCCUUGUGCCAACGCAUGCCUACGCUGUCCUGGAUAUCCGGGAGCACAAAGGGAAGCGAUUCCUGCAGCUGAAGAACCCGUGGAGCCACCUGAGGUGGAAAGGCCGCUUCAGUGAACGGGACGAGAAAAACUGGACCCCAGAACUUCUCAAAUACCUCAACUUUGACCCCAAGACCGCACAGAAGUUUGAUAACGGCGUGUUCUGGAUCACGUUUGAGGACCUGUGCCAGUACUAUGAUGUCAUCUACCUGAGCUGGAGCCCCGCCCUGUUCAGAGAGUCUUCCUGUAUCCACAGUACCUGGGAUGGGAAGCAGGGCCCGGUGAAGGAUGCCUACAGCCUGGCCAACAACCCUCAGUACCGGCUGGAGGUGACCUGUCCUGCAGGGGGCACCGCUGUCUGGGUGCUGCUGACCAGACACAUCACUGACAAGGAUGACUUUGCACAAAACAGGGAGUUCAUCACCUUGGUGGUUUACAAGACAGAGGGAAAGAAAGUUUACUACCCUGCGGACCCUCCCCCCUACAUAGAUGGGAUCAGGAUCAACAGCCCCCACUACCUGACCAAGAUGAGACUAACCAGCGCUGGAACACACACCUUCACACUGGUGGUGUCACAGUACGAGAAGCAGAACACCAUCAACUACACCUUGAGGGUGUACUCUGGAUGCAAGUUCUCCUUCUCCAAGAUCCCAACGCCCUUCACUCAUACCAAACGGAUCAAUGGCCAGUGGAAGGGGCCGAGUGCGGGGGGCUGUGGGAACUACAAGGACUCGUACAAGCACAACCCAAUCUACCAGUUUAACCUGGAGCGCCCAGGGCCCAUGCUCAUAGAGCUACGAGGCUCCAGGCAGUACAGUGUGGGCUUUGAGAUGGUGACUGUGUCCACUGUAGUAGAGCCAGGACCUGCAGGCCACCCGAAGAAGAACAGUGGAGACUACAGGUGUGGUUUCUGCUACAUGGAGGCGGACCAUGUCUCUGCUGGCAUCUACAACGUCAUCCCCACCACCUUCCUGCCCAAACAGGAAGGACCCUUCUUCCUGGACUUCAGCAGCGUCACGUCCCUAAAGGUCUCCCAGCUCCAGUAAGGAGAGGGGGGGAAGGAUUCAGGUGUGACACCAGGAAUAACUUGCACACAGCAUGGACACUCACUGUUCCGUAAACUCUAGGUGGAACUUGUUAUGACUGCAGGAGGACCCAAAAGAGACUGAUUUAUUUUAUUAUUAUCAAGGGUAUUUGGAAAGGGACAAGUUUUUGGUAUGGAACCUAGCCCUCUAUGUGCUGAGGGGUGUGCAUGUUGGAGGUGCUUUCUUCCUCCUUUGCCAUAAUGACAGAUACAGUAAAUGAUGUCACAACAA